CAUGUUUCAAAAGCACUUCUGCACUUUCACCCAAACAGUACAGUAUAUGCUUAGAAGAAGAUCCAAACAAAAAGCCAAGGCCACACAUGUCCUAGAGCCACACAAGGGCACAAGAUAUUUUCACGCCAUUGUGAAGAGGAAUGUUGCAAGGAUUGCCAUAUCCUCCAUAAUGUUGGAAGAUGGCACUAUCACGACUUCCCAAGAUCAAGUGGGUAAGGAAUUUGUAAAUUUUUUUGUGGAAUUGUUUGGCACUAAUACGGUAAACACUCCGCUUGACCCUAUGGUCUUAGGAACCGGCCCUUUGAUUGAGCCAAGUGCUCAUCAUAGCCUACUUGCUCCAAUAACAAACAAGGAAAUUGAAGAUGCUUUGUUUGUUAAGACUCGGGGUUCCAUCCUAAAAGGUCAACCUGAUAGGAGGAGUAGCCCACAUCUUAAUAUAGCACUUAAUUGAUUCAAACGUUUCCGGUGUGGAUUCUAACACCCCUCCUCACGACCAGACACUUCGUCUGGAUCGUGCCGUCAUUCUUUUUUUUUUCGUCGGUUCGUCAUUGUCAUUUUUUCAUAAUCGUGUCGUCAUUUUUUCAUAAGGGGACCCACACCAUGGAUCAAUUUGUCUCUGAUACCAUGUUAAGACUCGGGGUUCCAUCCUAAAAGGUCAACCUGAUAGGAGGAGUAGCCCACAUCUUAAUAUAGCACUUAAUUGAUUCAAACUUUUCCGGUGUGGAUUCUAACAUUGUUUGAUAUUGGAGAUGACAAUGCACCGGGGCCGGAUGGGUUUACCUCGGCCUUCUUCAAGGCCAAUUGGAAUAUUGUUGGGGAUGACAUAGUCCAAGCAAUUAAGGAGUUUUUCCAGUCGGGUAAGUUGCUUAAAUAGAUUAAUCACACUGUCAUAGCUCUUAUCCCUAAGAUUAAUCACUCCCCAAGUGUCUCGGACUAUAGACCCAUAUCUUGCACGAAUGUUUUAUACAAAAUUAUUACCAAAAUUAUUGCGGCUAGAUUAACCCCAUGCCUCUCGAGGUUGGUUAAUCAAGCCCAAGGAGCGUUUGUAGAUGGCCGCCUAAUGUUUGAUAACAUUUUCCCAGCGAGAAGCUCUGGGCCGCUUCCCUAUGGCAUCCCAACUUCUGCUAUGUGCGACGAGGACAUCCAGAGGGACAGAAUGAUCGCUGGGAGCGCGACUUUGGAGGAAGACACCGAUGGAUUUGCUACCGGUGUCUUGGUGCUCAGCGAGGGGAGAGAGGAGACGGACUCCAGUUUAGCAGGGACUUCGACUGGAAGUCUAAGGCAUUGGAUGACCGAUGUAGACGGGAUCCAGUACAAAAGGCGAGGGAUGAUUUUGGGAGGUGCUGUUGGAGAAGUAAUCGACAACUGGGGCCAACUUUGAUACGACAAUCGAAGACUCACACCUCAGGGGACACCUGCUUGAGGAGUGUUGGAAUUCACAAAUCUGUUUGGGGAUCAAAAAUUAGGGAAAAUAAGGAAUCCGAACUCACAGGGGACUUUGCUAGAGAGAUAGACAUCACCGACUUGAGGCAAUACAUCAAAGCUCCAGAAGGGACCAUCUUGGGUGAAGGUAAACAUCAUUGUCUAAAGUGCUUUCAAUUUACUAUUGAAAGUAAAUUGUUUCGGUUUGAUGUUGUUGAUUUCAAUUGCUUAUAAAUAUCUGAGAUGAAGCAUGUAUUUUCAACAACAAUUGAUUUUGAUCUUGAAAAACUCAAUUGGUUGAGAGAUGUUGUCCUUAAAAUUCUAAGGGAUAAAUGGGCUUGUCAAAAACUGGAAUUUGGAAAUUCUCUAAUUGUUCAAGCAGAUUCUAAUUGUUUCGGGGGCUUUAUUCAGAUAAUAGAGAAGAAUUAUGAGUCUCUUAUUGUUCUCGAGGGUUGAAAAGGAUUAGGGAUUGAGAAUUUUUUGAUAGGAUUAUCGGCAGCCAUCAAAAUGAUGAGUGCACUCAAACAGCGGACAAUGCUACGUGCACAUGGAGAAAUUAUUUCAGAUAUGGUGGUGCAAUGUUGUAAUUGGGACGAGAAUACUUGUUCUCAGAUAGUUUCCAUUUCUAAGAUGUUAUUUAAAGCUGAUAUCGAGGGUCUUAUAUAUAUUGGUAAAGGAGAGGCCGAUAGAGGCCUUGAAAAUUUAGAUACGAUGAACAAAAAGCCUGGGGCUGUUUUUGUCAAUGAUGUGACGAAACAAAAUGAUACUCUGGUUGAUCAAGCAACAGUUGGAGAGAAAUCAAAAGAUGAUUUUCAUAAUUACCUUGCCAACAUUAAAGCUGAAUUUCAAUUAUUUCAAAAAAAGCUUGGUCACAAAAUGCAGCAAAAGGCCCAGGAAAAACAAAUUCAUUUGGUUCAACAAUCAAACAGAGUGGCUCACAAACCAUCAGAAGAAGAAGGCUUCACGUUUGUUGUUUCCAAAAAAUCCAAAGUCGCAAUGAAUCAACACCUAUGACUAUUGAGACCAGACAGCAAACGCGAUUGCACAACACCAGACAGCAUACCCAACAACGAACCUGGCUCAACUACUCCAACACAAGUUACUAAUUAUCUUCAUUCGUGUUUUUCUCAUUGAACUUUUUCUGUUUUUCCAUUUACUUUCUACCUUCAUUAGCGUUUGUAUUAUCCUUAUUUAAAAAAAAACAAGGCCGCCCUCUUCUUUAGGGAGGCAAAAAAAAGGAAGCAAAUCUCACCAAGGUGCAUGAUUAUGCUGGAUUUGCGUAAGGCCUACGACAAGAUUUCUUGGGACUUUCUCGAAAAAGUCCGUGUGGGUCUGGGCUUCCCACCACGAUUUAUUGCAUGGAUUAUGGAAUGUGUAUCUAUGGC